AUGUCAAGGCAAAGGGUUAUGAUCAACCAAGUGAAACCACAAGUUGGUGGAAGAAGGUCAAGGUGGACUGCGCUCAUUCAAGUGGUUGAAAGGUCUAAAAUUCAACAAAUUCGCUCUGGAAAGACAAAUGAGAUAAGAAGAUAUGUAUUCACUGAUGAAGAGGGGACAAAGGUUGGUGCUGCCAUUUUUGACAACGAUAUUUGCUACUUUGAUGAUUUUCUUAUACCGUUUGUUACUGCCAAAAGUCAAUCAAUGGCGAUGUUGGUCGAAAUAUUAAAUGCAUAUCAUGCAACCGAAAUGUUAAGCUGGAGGCCAGACUCAACAGGCACAAUCACGACAUAUGUCCUUGCAACAGAAGCUGAAAAACUCAUCCGCGUUAAGUCUGAGGCUUUGAGAACUGCAGAAGAUCAGGAUGUUGACCUCAGUACAACUAUUCAAAAUGCUCUAAAGCAACACAACAUUGUUGCAUUCUUCAGAAAAUACGAUAGUACAUUCCAGGGACGUGCCUCAGAAAAAUAUAGUAUUGUAAAAUCAUACUUAAUCCAAGAUCUUCUCAUGAAUGAAACACCCCAAAGGAAAGCAUUGCCAUUUGAAGAGAUAACCUAA